AUGGCCUCCAAGUUCUCUUUUCUAACCCUUCUUAUGGAGAGAAGAAAACCUUCUAAAGAUAACAACAACAACAAUAAUGACUUAGCAUUUGUGAAGGCAGCUGCAUGGGCAUGGUACCAACACAACUCAGGCUCUAAGGGGAAAACUAUUAGCGAGUUUGAUGCUACAAUAACUCGCCGUGUGCCAAGGCCUUCACGUUACAAGUUAGAAGCAAUGAGAAUAAUGGCUCAAGAAGCUCCAAGUGAAGGGUCACCCACGAUUCGCGCCAAGAAAUUGUCACUUCUUGAUGAAUAUGAAGUACAAAGCAUUUCAAGGCAACUUAGUGGUCUUGUUGCGGAGGAUUCUAAAUCUAAUAAUGAUAAUAAGCACAACAAACUUUUCAAGGGUGCCGACAAUUCUACAAAUAGAAGGACUACGAAAAAGAAGAAGGUUAGAAAAGGGUUUUGGCUAGGGCAUGGUGCUGUUUGUGGUAGAGAAGAAGAUGUGGUUGAUCCCGGUGCUUUGAGGGUUGGUCGUAGGUUACCGGCAAAGUAA